AGAGCUUUGGAUCAUCUCGCAUUGACUGCUGGCUCAGUUUUCUUCUACGUUUGCAAACACAACCAAUCCACUGUCAAUGAUGCUGGCGUCAAAACUCAGGCCAAGUGCCACCCAGUUCGGCCGCUUCAUGCUGCCAUUGCGCGUGAGAAACUCCUCCAGCGCACAGGAGCAGACAUACGAGCACAUCAAAGUGUCUACGCCUCGACCUGGUGUCGGACUUGUGGAGCUCCACCGCCCCAAAGCACUCAAUGCCCUCUUCACACCCCUCAUCCUCGAGCUCAAUACCGCCCUCAAAGCCUUCGACAAAGAUUCCACAAUUGGCGCCAUCGUCCUGACCGGAUCCCACAAAGCCUUCGCAGCCGGCGCUGAUAUCAAAGAGAUGUCGACCAAAACAUUCUCUGACGCCUACGGUGACGAUUUCAUCGAAUCGUGGUCCGACCUUCCCAACACCAUCAAGAAACCCGUCAUUUCUGCAGUUAACGGGCAUGCAUUGGGUGGUGGAUGCGAAUUGGCCAUGAUGGCUGACAUCCUAUACGCUUCCGAAAAGGCAAACUUUGGACAACCCGAGAUCAAACUCGGCGUCAUUCCCGGCGCAGGAGGCUCUCAGCGAUUGACGCGAGCGAUCGGAAAGUCAAGAGCUAUGGAACUCAUUCUGACAGGGAAGAACUUCAGUGGAAAAGAAGCAUUUGAAUGGGGACUGGCCGCAAGAGUCUUUGCUACACCAGAAGAAUGUGUGGAAGGCGCGUUGGCUACAGCGGAGACGAUUGCAAGCUACAGCAAGAUGGCUGUCAAGGCAUGCAAGGAAGUGGUAAAUAAGAGCCAGGAUUUGGGUAUCAGAGAGGGAGUGGAAUAUGAGAGGAGACUGUUCCAUGGCUUAUUUGGUAGCCAAGAUCAAAAGAUUGGAAUGGAAGCUUUCGCGAAGAAGCAGAAGGCAGAGUGGACGCAUCGGUAGGGCGUUCAUUGAUGAAUCAUAAAAGACAUAAUACUGCCACAGAAGCU